AUCUACCGAGAUAGCACCACAGCAUAAACCUGGACGGUCAUAAUCUACGGUACGUCCAAGAGGCUGGAAAACCGGAUUCUUGUCACCUAACAGCGCGCGAUUGACCACGCCUGCUACCAGAACCAUGAAUCGCACAAUGACACUGACAACGAGAUCGCUGCGGGUCUGUCGCAGGGCGGGUGCGGUUCGUUUACCGGGAUUCAGUGGCACGAGCACGAACACAACAACGAACACAACAACGAAUACAACAACGAACACGAACGCCUUUGUCGGUGACUUCUACUCUUCCGGGCCGAAGCGACAAUUCAGCAGCUACGUUCUCGAUGGCUUUCGGGAAGGCAGCGGCGUGGGCGGUGGGAUCCCGUCGAGGUGGCCGGUCACCAGACCCAACACGAUCUUCAACAUUGUCCCACAGGGGUUCAAGUACGUGGUGGAACGCUUCGGAAAGCUCCAUUCUAUCGAGGAGAGCGGCUGGUUCCUCGCCAUUCCGCUCGUGGACCAGAUUGCGUACGUGAUCGACGUGCGGGAACGAGCCAUAGACAUCGAGCCACAGGCCGCAAUCACCCGCGACAACGUUUCCGUAGAGGUGUCGGGAAACCUCUUUGUGAAGUUCCAGGAUCCAGAAAAGGCGGCAUACGGUGCCCUCAACCCACUCUACAGUGUCACCCAGGUAAAUCGAUGGCUCUGAUGCGGGAUAAUGGAAUUGAUGUUGGAAUCGAUGUUGGAAUCGAUGUUGGAAUCGAUGUUGGAAUCAAUGUUUGAAUCAAUGUUGGAAUCAAUGUUGGAAUCAAUGUUGGAAUCAAUGUUGGAAUCAAUGUUGGAAUCNGAAUCAAUGUUGGAAUCAAUGUUGGAAUCAAUGUUGGAAUCAAUGUUGGAAUCAAUGUUGGAAUCGAUGUUUUGUUGCGCGAACGUUCGCUCCGAUUCGGAAGAGAACGGAAAUCCCCGAUUUGACUCGUGGCAAUGGUUUCGAAAGUAUUGUUUCUUUGGGCAGUGUCGAUUCGUUAUCGCCUGCUUCCUGUUGCUUGCCACUUAGUUUUUUGGCAUGAAACCAUGCACGGCAACGGACACACCAACACUCACACAGGCCAAUUUGUUUCUUGCUCCUUGCCUCGGGGAACGACUCUUCCUGUACAGCACGCGCAAUCAGCCAUGCGGUCCGCCAUCGGAGAGAUGGAACUCGACGAAAUCUUGCACAACCGAUCCCGCCUGAACGCGCUGAUCAAGGGCGGCCUACAGGAGGCUGCCCUCCCCUGGGGCCUGGAGGUACGGAGGUACGAAAUCACGGAGAUCACUCCGGACCACCAGAUCCGAAUCGCCAUGGACAAGCAGGCCGCUGCCGAGCGCGACCGGCGAGAAAACGUGCUGCGGGCGGAGGGAGACAAGAGAAGGGCCCAGCUAACCUCCGAGGGAGUCAAAAUCAGCCUCACGAACGAGUCCGAGGGUAACCUGGUCAAGGUCCAGAACGAGGCAGAAGCCACCAAACAACGCAUCCUGCUCGAGGCGGAGGGCCAGGCCGAGGCCAUCCGGCUCACGGCGAAAGCGCAAGCAGAAGCGCUCGAGCUGAUCUCUACCCAGAUCAACAAAAAGGGCGGCAGCGAGGCGGCGAAGCUCGCCCUGGCGAAAGAAUACGUCUCGAUGUACGCCGACAUGGGAUCCAAAUCCAACACCAUCAUGUUCAACGAACGACCCGCCGACGUCAACGCGCUGCUCUCCCAAGCGGUUGUCGCCGUACAGUCCGCGACGCAGGCUGCUACAACUGCUCCUCCGUUGGAGGCCGACGAUCAAAAGCCUCCGGCAGAGGCAAUAGACAUGAGUCACUCCAAAGUCGAAACCCCGGAAUGAAAACAAGGCGUGGAAGAGAGCAACGAUUAAAGAUCGAUUGAUCACCUUGAUACCACAGAAAAAUCCAGCGAAUAAAAUACUAGAGGAACCAUACAUUGGCACUUCAGAGAGCAACACGCUUGAAACCGGUAGCAGCUCGGGAUCCCAAUCAUAGCAAAAUUGGAUCACUGGCUGAAGCAUAUUGUUGUAGGUUUGAUCGGUCGACAAUUUAGUUUCCCCUAAGUAAACCAUUUCUAUUAUA